AUGGGUCCAACAGGGGGCUGUUCCACCCCCUGUGCCCUGGAGCAGGGCUGGAAGGCGGGGGUGGGGGACGUCGCUACCCCUGGCGGCGGCCCGGGCAACCUGAAACUGGCGAACAGAUACAGUGAGUGUGACGGACUGGUGCUGGUCCAACACGAGGGUGUGUGGGGACACGUGUGCAACCAGGAGUGGACGCUGGCGGAGGCGUCGGUGGUCUGCAGGCAGCUGGGCUGCGGCCAGGCUGUGGGGGCCCCCAAGUAUGUCCCGCUGCCCCAAGAGAGGAAGCAGCCCGUGCUCCACAACGUGUCCUGCAGGGGGGACGAGUCCUCCCUGUGGGAGUGCAGCCUCGGGGCGUGGACGCAGACCCAGUGCCCCCACGAGUGGAUGGUGGUUGUGCUGUGCACUAACGGUACUUUCCGGGAGAUCCGGCUGGUGAAGGGCCGAAGCCCCUGCUCCGGGCUCCCCGAGAUCAGGAACCUGAACGGCAUUGACCGCCUCUGUGGCCUGCACAAGACGGAGGCCACAGUGUUCUGCCAGGAGCUGGGGUGCGGCCCCGCGCUGCAGGCUUCCCGCCAGGACGCAGGCACUGGCGGGAAGUACAUGACUUGCCAGGGUACAGAGCCCACCAUCCGUAACUGCAGACUCAACAACAACCUCCGCAGCGGCUGCGACUUCCAGCAAGACGCAGAGGUGGUCUGUUCAGGUGAGGCCACCGCCACGCCCGCCCCCUUCUCCUCUCGGACACCUGUGCUGCUUGCUGCUCAGAGGAAGUGGAGCAAAUGGGGUGGUAGGGGCGGAGAGAGGAAAGCGCUGAGUCAGAGGGCCGUACCAUGUGCGGAGAAGGCGGAGCGGGCCUACGAGGCGGCCGCCCCCGGGCGCGGGGCCGGCGUGGGGCUGAGCCGCGUGCGCUGUCUGGGCACCGAGGCCCGCCUGGCCCAGUGCAACGUGUCCGCGUCGCGGCUGGUGCCGGCGGGGACCUGGCGGGACGCGGGCGUGGUGUGCGCUGGGAGCCGCCGCGUGCGCCUGGCCGCGGGGCCGGGCCGCUGUGCGGGGCGCGUGGAGGUGCUGCACGGGGGCGCGUGGGGCACGGUGUGCGAUGACGGCUGGGACCUGCGGGACGCGCACGUGGUGUGCGGGCAGCUGGGCUGCGGCCACGCCCUGGGCGCCCUGGGGGCGGCGCACUUCGGGUCCGGGUCCGGGCGCAUCUGGAUGGACGAGCUGGGCUGCGAGGGCAACGAGUCUGCGCUGUGGCAGUGCCCGUCGGGGGGCUGGGGCCAGCACGACUGCGGGCACAAGGAGGACGCCGGCGUCUUCUGCUCAGAGUUCGUGGCCCUGAGGCUGCAAGGGGGCACCCAACAGUGUGCUGGGUGGCUGGAGGUGUUCUACAACGGCACGUGGGGCGCCGUGUGCGGUAACUCCCUGAAGGACAACUCCUUGUCCAUCAUUUGCAAGCAGCUGGGCUGUGGGGAGCAGGGCUGGCUGGAGAACAGGCCGGUCCCCACUGGCCUGGGCGUCUCCUGGGUGGACAACAUUGAGUGCCGCAGGCUGCAAAACUCUACGCUAUGGCAGUGCCCCUCAGCCCGGUGGCACCCGCGCUCCUGUGCCCAUGGAGAGGAGAUCUGGAUCGCCUGUACAGCGAAAACGACGCAGGACCCCGGGGAGACCCUCAACUGCUCAGCCACCCGCAGCUGCCCAGAGGAAGGCUCCGUGCGCGUGCGCGGGGGCGAGGACAGCUGCUCCGGCCGCGUGGAGCUCUGGCACGAGGGCUCCUGGGGCACCGUGUGCGACGAUGCCUGGGACCUGGCGGACGCGGAGGUCGUGUGCCGCCAGCUGGGCUGUGGCAGGGCCAUCAGCGCCCUGGCCGGGGCCGCCUUUGGUCCAGGCUCAGGGCCUGUGUGGCUGGACGAGGUGGGGUGCCGGGGCAGCGAGGCGUCCCUGUGGGGCUGCCCAGCGGAGCCUUGGGGACGUGCGGAUUGUGGGCACAAGGAGGACGCGGGCGUGCGCUGCUCCCGCCCUGCCUUGGCCCCACUGCCUUCCCUCAAGGCUGGGACCCUGCCCAUGAUCUUCUGCUUCGUUCUGGGCACCCUCCUGGGCUGCGUCUCCCUGAUCCUGGGGGUGCAGUGGUACCGCAGAGGAGCCUGCAGGGGUUUUGGAAUGCUGGGGACUCGGCCCUCGGAAGCUGUUUAUGAGGACAUUGGAGCUGUCCCCAUGGGGGAGAAGGUCGAAGGGUCCAGUGUGCCCCGGGACCUGGUGCCGGAAGAGGACUAUGAUGAUGCCUGGGAGCCGGAGCCAGGCCCCGAGGCAGAGUCCGUGGCCCUGCUGAGAGGCGGGAACCGCUGCGAGGGCCUGGUGCGGGUCCAGCUCGGCGGCCUGCGGGGCCCCGUGUGUGGGGACCACUGGGGCCUGCAGGAGGCGGCGGUCGUCUGCAGGCAGCUGGACUGCGGCGGGGCCCACGUGGCGCCCACAUACGUGAUGUGGCCCCAGGAGAGGCAGCCCUCCUUGCUGCAGGGCGUGAGGUGCCAGGGCUCGGAGGCCUCGCUCUGGGACUGCGCCCCGGGGUCGUGGGAGAAGCCGGAGGGCUGUGCGUGUGAGUGCAUCGGUGCGGUCCACUGCACAGGAGCAGGGCCCAGGACGGCCCAGGGCGCCCAAGUCCCAGAAGCUGGAGUGCUUGGAGCUCAGUCCGGCUGUCCCCUGUUGGAGGCCUUCGGGCAGCAGGAGGGGGAGCAGCCGCCCCCCUGA